CAGCUCACUGAACAGUCACUAAGGAGGCGAAGUUUAGUGGGAACACCUUACUGGAUGUCACCCGAGGUGAUAAGCCGCAAACCAUACGGCACUUCUGUCGAUGUCUGGUCAAUGGGCGUUUUGCUCAUUGAGAUGGUGGAUGGCGAACCCAGUUUCUUCAACGAACCGCCAAUUCAUGUAAUGCGUCGAAUUCAGUCGGACGCCGUGCCCCAUUUGUGCAAUCCUCACCACUCAUCCAAAAGACUCAAUCUUUUCCUCCAACGCAUGCUUGUGCGCGACCCAGCCUGCCGAGCGACUGCGGCACAGUUGCUAGUUGACCCAUUUCUGGAAUUGUGUGGACCUCCAGAAUGCCUGCUGCCUUUACUUCAAGGAAACUGAUUUCAUGUAUGUCAGUGCAAGAAAUAUCCUCAAUUCGGACCCAGGCCCUCUAUUCGAGUGCUGACUGUAUACUAGUUUUUGCGCAUUCCGUACAAGUUUUACGCAUAUCCGCAUUGUACAAAAGCUGAAAUAUUUGGCAAUCAGAUUAUCAUCUCUUCUCUAGUGCACACAUACUGCUGCGAUCAUAAUUGUGCUUUAGAAAGAGAACUGUGACGCUUCAGAUUAACUAACAUUCAGAAUACUGUACAGAUAAUGGUUUGCCAUGUUUAAUUCAUGUUUCUUAU